GUUAAACUCAGAGAGGAUUCCACCAUCACUGCUGAGGCAACAUGGCUGCUAAACAGCCCGAAGAUGCAUCCAGGGACACGAGCUACGAGAACCAGAGCACCAGACUCAUGGCGAGGAUCCGGAAAUUCAGCCCCAAGGAAGUUUUCACCUGGCAACUGGCCAAGACGUUGGCCAUGGGUCAGGGCCUGGCCGCACUCAUCUGUGGGACAGCCAUCACCUCCCAGUACCUGGCCACUAACUUCCAGGUGAACACGCCCAUGCUGCAGAGCCUCUUGAACUACACCCUGCUGUGUGUCACCUACACCACCAUGCUGCUCUGUAGAACAGGGGAUGGCAAUAUUUUUCAGAUUCUGAGGAGCCGAUGGUGGAAGUACCUCCUGCUGGGGCUGGUGGAUGUGGAAGCCAACUACGCAGUGGUUAAAGCAUACCAGUACACCACCCUCACCAGUGUACAGCUGUUGGACUGCUUUGUGGUCCCGGUCCUAAUGAUCCUGUCCUGGUGGGUUUUGAAGACACGCUACAGGCCGGUCCAUUAUGUAGCAGUCUGCACCUGUCUCCUCGGGGUGGGGGCCAUGGUGGGGGCUGACCUGCUGGCUGGACGAGACCAGGGCUCCACCUCAAACAUCCUGCUGGGAGACGGCUUGGUGCUGCUCAGUGCUACGCUGUACGCAGUGUCUAACGUGAGUCAGGAAUACACAGUGAAGAACCUGAGCAGAGUCGAGUUCCUGGGCAUGGUCGGCCUGUUUGGUACAAUCAUCAGCACCGUACAGAUGCUGAUCCUGGAACGCAAUGAAGUUGCCAACAUUCAGUGGAACUGGCAAGUCGGGCUCCUGUUCUCUGCCUUUGCGUUGUGUAUGUACACUCUGUACAGCAGCAUGCCCAUAGUGAUGAAGCUGAGCAGCGCCACCUCUGUCAACCUCUCCCUGCUCACCGCUGACCUCUUCAGUCUCUUCUGUGGGGUCUUCCUCUUCCAGUACAAUUUCUCGGCACUCUACCUGGUCUCACUGUUGGUCAUCCUCAUUGGCUUCAUCACCUUCAAUGCUGUGCCAACACCUGCUGACCCCGCAGACCACGCUGCCUCCUCUUCCUCUUCCAUCUGUGAGGAGGGCUACUACGACAAUCCUGUGGCCUCGCAGAACGAAAUCAUCAACCAGGAAGUGGCCGUGAAAAUCACCCCUGAGGAGGAAGAGCAUGAUGAAGAGGAGCAGCAGAGGGAAGGAGAGAGGGAGGAGGGGUGGAAGGAAGAUGAGAGGACGGGGAAGAAGAGAGCUUCAGGGCCUUUGCAGAGCCUUGGAGGAGGGAACAAUGAUGUUGCUGUUGAACACAGCACUAAGAUGUAA